UUUCAGUGAUUUACAUGGUAGCAACUGGGCUCGUGCUUUUAAGCGUAGGAAUUAUCAUUGUGAUACUAAUUACUUUUCGAAGGAAAAGAAGAAAGUCCAGAACAGCUAGCUUAUAUCACAUUGAGGUGAGGUCCAGAGACCACUGGGAACACUCCAAUGACAGCAGUCUUGAACGCGUACCUAGACAAGACAAUGAAAAUGGUUUAGAAGACAUGAACCCCUACGUUGAUGACAACCGUUUGCAAGAUUUGGAGAACGCUUUCCUACACGUUGACAACAGCUUGGGACUUCGCGAAGAAAACCCAAAUAUGAAUGCUGAUAUGGCUCAGUGUAAUGAAUUAAGCUUGUCGGAGUAUGACUUUGAAUUUGAUUCCGGGUAUGCGUCCACAAAAGAUUGUGAAAGAAGAAGCACCCAGAAUGACCCGCCUCCAGAAUACACGGGCACUUGUUCUGGUGCACGAGAAGAUGCAAAUACCAUCGAACAGCAAAAUUCUUAUGUUUACGCUGUUGUGAACAAGGUAAAUAUGAAGAAGGAAGUAACAAGUUACGGUGGGAAUGAAUAUAAUUCACAGUCCUCGCUGAAUAGCGACGACUCUUCGUUAAAAGGAUCCACUGUAAACAGCAGUGAAUUGUGUACUUAUUCUACUAAUUGCUCCAAAUCGGGCGAUAGUGCGAAAGAGGAGUUUUGUCUUUCCGACAACGAGACGUCGAGUACUGCACCAGCAGAGGAGUUGUUUGACGACGAAGACGACAAUUGCAAGCACGGUAUUUCUUUUGAAGCAAAGGAUGAAGGUAACUCUGCUAGAAAUGCAGAUAUAGAGCAAAAUAAUCAAUAUGCUGAUGCUGCAAUAUACACACAGUCAGACGACUUGCACAUAACACUCACCGAAACUGGAGAGAUGUUUGUAAGAAUUCUCGAUCCGGCCGAGAAAGCAGCCGUGUGCGAUCUUCCAGAAUUUUACAUUUAACACUUAGCUUAUUUUAUUCAGCUUUAAUAUACGAUUUGAAUCAGUGUUCUGGUUUUAAAAUAUCACUUGUGUUGAUGCUAUAUUUUGAGCUAGCAGAGCGACAAUUGUAUUUAGCUUACCGAUUAUUUAUACACCUACACAAAUAAUAAUAUUUAGCAUACAUAAUUCACGCGAAUAUGUUUCGUUUUGUAAUA